GUGACUACCGCGCAGAGCUACCUGUCGGACUUCGCCCUGGAGCGGCCGGCGAACCUCCCGUCCAUCAGGCAACUGGAGGUGAUGUGCGGGAAGGACCACCUCACCGUCCAGCUCUCCUUCACCGCGCCCUUCCAGGGCCUGGUGUUCUCCAAGGGCCAGUACGGGAACGGCGACUGCAUGUACGUGGGGCCGCGCGACGGCGGCGUCAACUACGAGUUCCAGAUCUACUACGACGGCUGCGGCACCAAGCCCGACAUGGGCGGCAAGUUCUACGAGAACACCAUCAUCGUGCAGUACGAUUCCGAUUUGAUUGAGGUUUGGGACGAGGCGAAGCGACUGCGGUGCGAGUGGUACAACGACUACGAGAAGACUGCCAGCAAACCGCCCAUGGUCAUCGCCGAUCUGGAGGUCGUCGAGCUCAACUUCAGAGGUGACAACGUGGACUGCUGGAUGGAGAUUCAGGACGGCAAGGGGCCCUGGGCGUCCCCUGUGACCGGCAUCGUCCCCCUGGGCUCCACGCUCACCAUGGUCGUCGCCAUCAAUGACCAGGCUGGGGAGUUCGACAUGCGCGUGAAGUCGUGCGAGGCCUCCGACGGCUCCAACUCGCCCAUCUACCUCAGCGACGAGCACGGCUGCGUCCUCCGCCCCAAGAUGAUCUCCAAGUUCAUGAAGCUUCGGAACAACGACGGCCGCGCCACCGUACUCACCUACGCCCACUUCCACGCCUUCAAGUUCCCGGACUCGAUGGCCGUCCACAUUCGCUGCAAAGUGGAGAUCUGUCGCUUCGGCUGCCCCGACCACUGCCAGAAGCCAACUGCAGGCAAUCCCAUCGGCGACUACAGCCAGCAGCAACCUCAGUUCCAGCAGCAACCUCAGUUCAACCUCACUCCUGCCGAGACAGCGCCACAGUACGAGGCUCCGCCGAAUAAUGUUGGGCCCUCGAGCUUUGGCGAGAAGAGCGAGAGGCCACCGUUCUACAGUGCGAACCAGCGAUCGGCGGCCAACCCGGGUAAGGCUCGGCCCAGCAGCCAGAACAACCCCAUGAUCAACAAGAGCAGCCUGUACUCCAAGGGCCCCCUGAUCAUCCCGGACGAGGAGUCGGCGCAGGCGACUUCCCCUGGGCCCGAGGCCGGCCGUGACCUCGUUCUCGAUCGCCACCAACGCUCCCCCGACAUCGGCGUCACUACCGACUACCAGGUGAUCUCCGAGGCCGACCUGGAGUUCACGCCCGCCAGGGAAGACGGCGUCACCGUCUUCAAGGGGCACCGCGAAGAUGUGGUGUAUGGCGUGUGCUUGCCGGCGCCCGGCUUCUCCGCCCUGUUUGUGCUGCUGGCAAUGUGCACCGUGAUUUCAGUGCUGGUGGCCGGCUUCAUGUGCCACCACAGGCAGAUGCAAAAGGACACCAGUGAGUCUCCUGCUGCUCCUCACACCCACCAGCAGGCUGCUGCUGUCUUCAGCAUGGCGCAGUUCCUACGAGGUCACUUACCUGGUUAUGCACAAUGAUCAAGAACACAUGUGUGAAGAUAGGAUCUUCAUGAAAUUCCGUUAAAGUGCAGACACAUUAUGGUGCCACAGACCUAUCACUUUAGAGCAGUGCCUCGCAGAGAGACAGUAAACUUUGCGACACCUCUGACAGCAUAAGGGAAGUGUAUGGAAUUAUUUGAAAUAAUUAUCAUUGAAUUGAUCUUUAUAUUAAUAUGUAAAGCUAAAUUUAGUGUACCUAUUGGUUCUGGCACUGCAAUAUGCUUUCCUCCAUAUUGGAAACAUUAGACAAGAUAUCCUGAUAGUGCAUUAUCUAUCACAAAAAACAAAAGUUAAAUAUACUGGAUGACGCAUACACGCACCUUAUUGCUUUGUGAUUGUCAAGAUUCUGUAAAUAGCUUCUAUUUAACAUUACAAGUUAUCUGAACUGGAUGGGGCUUCCUUGAGGAAAACUGGUACGAUCUUCAAUUCGUAAGUUCAGUUACUUGCCAAAUUGUUUUCCAAAAUGGAGGUCCCAUCCAGUUCCGUUAAUUUCUGGACAGAAAAGCCGCGCGCACUGUUGUUGCACUU